AUGUCCUCCACCGCCACCCCUCAAACGGCCACCGUCGCCGCCGGCUGCUUCUGGGGCGUCGAGCACCUCUUCCGCAAGCAUUUUGGUAACGGCAAGGGCCUGCUUGAAGCCAAGGUCGGCUACUGCGGUGGUCAUAGUGCCUCGCCGUCGUACCGCGCUGUGUGUACCGGUGAUACAGGUCACGCCGAAGCCCUCCAAAUGACCUACGACCCCUCAAUCGUCAGCUACCGCUCGCUCCUCGAAUUCUUCUACCGGAUGCACGACGCCACGACCCUCAACCGCCAGGGUCCGGACGUCGGCACCCAAUACCGGAGUGUGAUCUUCACGCACGGCGACGAGCAGGAGAAGAUCGCCCACGACGUCACGGAGAAGGUCAGCCAGGAGUGGUUCAAGCAGCCCGUUUCGACGGUCGUCGUGCCCGCUGGUCAGUGGUGGGAUGCAGAGGAGUAUCAUCAGUUGUAUUUGAAUAAGAACCCGGAGGGGUAUGAGUGUCCGGCUCAUUUCGUGAGGUCGUUUCCGCCGCUGUCGGAGUAG